AUGAAUUCAUCAAGGGAACGCACACCUGAAGCAAAGCCUACGCGUCUGCUACCACCUAUAAUGAAUGGGGAUGGCCGACCCCUUUCAGGGGAUUCCAGCGGCUCCGGUCAUUUGACUCCUCGGUUGAGAGAUCCUAACACCAAGAUGUGGAGCCGUGUUCGUUGCUUCGGCGGCGGCGCUUCUACAUCUAGAGGUCUGUUUUUAUUUAUAUCAUAUUCUAACAUCAUUGGCGACUUGACCGUGUUACCAAAAGUAUUUUAAAACUUUCAUAUGAUCAAAUUAAACCUCUAUUAGUUUUAUUUUUCCAAAAAGAGUUUUUAAAUAAUAAGUAACACGUAACAUUUUGGGCAAUGAUACACAUUUAAUAAAAAUUAACACUGAUUGCGUUUGCAACAAAGGAGUUUCGUUUAUUGAAAUGUGACGUCACACGAAGCUCCGUCACGGCCGCCUGCGUUUCGGUUCUUGUAAUCCACAGAUUAUAAAUAGCAAAUUAGUUUUUCAACCUAAAAUAUUUAUUAUUACUGUCAAGUCGUCAAAUAUAUAGAUAAAAAUUGUUGACGAUACACUGCAGAAAGGGAGCUGCGAUUGAUCAGAUAUAAAGUAGAUUAUUUUCAUGGAGAUGAGACAGAAGAAAUAAGUAAUUAUCUAGAUAGAAAUAGAGAAUUUUUGCAGUCUUAUGUAGUGGAAGCCGUGCCACUCGAAGUACUCGAAGGAUGGUUUUUUAAGAAAAUGAAACAUGAUUAUAAUUUAAUGCAAAGAUUAGAUGGUGAUCUAAGUGAGCAUACAGUGAUUUUGGAAUUAGCUAAAUCAAUAGCUAAGUCAGUUGGAGUUGAUGCAUACAGAGUUUAUAAAAUUUAUCCUGAUCACCCUGAAUUUGUGUUAUGCUAUCCAAAAGAAAUAAAGAAAAGCGCAGAUUCCGGCUCUUCUGUUCACAUGGAAAGAGCUAAUCCUGAACAUAUAAUACUCGCAUUAGAUGCUGCUAAAAAGAGGUCUUGUGUGCGAGUUGCCAGACAUGAAGAUCCAAUGAGAUUUCCAACUACCCCUCUUGCGUUGUUUAAGACUUUUAAAGUCAGAAAUGUGAGAGAGGCCAACUAUAUCCUUUACCAACCUAUACUUUUAGCCACAGGUAAAACUGGUUACGUAGUUGAAAUGUGGCGAGUGAAGGAUAGAUUUAAAGAAAGGGACGAAAUAAUCAGUUCCAGCUUUAUGACAUGGGGGAGCGUAGCUCUUCAUUUCUGCUCAUUGUACUUGGAUAAAAAGCGGGAAAGCAAUAUGACAGAUUUCCUGCUAGAUGUCGUGAAGGCAAUAUUUGAAGAAAUGGUAUCCUUAGAUCAAUUGAUUAAGAGUAUAUUAGAAUUCGCCCAGAGGUUAGUCAAUGCGGAUAGAGCGUCGCUUUUUCUAGUUGAUUACAUCAACAAUGAAUUAGUAUCGACUGUUUUUGAUUUAAAAUUCGACCCAGGAACCGAUGUUGAGAAAAAGGAAAUCAGAAUGCCGAUUAAUCGUGGAAUAGCAGGAUAUGUAGCGACCUCUGGGGAAACGAUGAACAUACCAGAUGCAUACGCAGACAGUAGAUUUAACAGGCAAGUUGAUGAAGCCACUGGAUAUAAAACAGUCAACAUUUUGUGUAUGCCAAUAAAAGUCGAAGGGAAAGUGAUUGGAGUAGUUCAAAUGGUCAACAAACGAAAUAAUAAUAAUUUCACUCACGAAGAUGAAACUUCGUUUGAAAUAUUUUCGACGUUUUUUGGAUUAGCUCUUCAUAACGCAAGACUUUAUGAUAGAAUAAUAAGAAAAGAGCAAAAGUACAGAGUAGCGCUGGAAGUAUUAAGUUAUCAUAACACUUGUAGCGACGAAGAUGUAGAAGAAUUACUCGCAGAUGGUAUUGACAAUUCAAUAAAUUUAAAUGAUUUUAAACUUGAUCCUUAUCAGCUGGACCACGUCCAGAAGUGCAAAUCUGUAAUAACUAUGUUCAACGAUUUAUUCAAACUUUCUAAUUUUGAAUUGUCAGUUUUAACAAGAUUUGUGCUUACUGUGAGGAAGAAUUACAGAAACGUGCCCUAUCACAACUUCGAUCACGGCUGGUCAGUGGCUCAUGCAAUGUACGUUAUUUUACAGCAUGACAUUGGAAAGAAAUUUGACUACACUCGGAGACUGGCGUUAUUUGUUGCCAGUUUGUGUCAUGAUUUAGACCAUCGUGGCUACACUAAUAAAUACAUGAGUGAAACAGCUUCGCCUUUAGCGGCAAUGUAUACGACAUCCACUUUGGAACAUCACCAUUUUAACAUAACUGUAACUAUUUUACAACAGGAAGGACAUAAUAUAUUUUCGAACAUGUCCAGUGAAGAAUAUAAACAGGUUUUGGGAUAUAUACGCCAGGCUAUUCUCGCAACAGAUUUGGCAGUAUUUUUUCCAAACCUAGAAAAACUGAAAAGACUGCAUGAUAAACGAUCGGAACAAAAGUUUGAUUGGAAUUUACCCGAACACAUGGACCUCGCUAUGGCGAUUUCUAUGACGGCUGCUGAUUUAUCGGCCUCAGCAAAGCCAUGGAAUGUACAACUUAAAACAGUAAAGGUCAUUUUUGAAGAAUUUUACGCACAGGGAGAUAAAGAAAAAGCAGCUGGAAAAUAUCCUAUUCCUAUGAUGGACAGAAAUAUGCCAGAUGAGCAACCUGCUAGUCAGGUUGGAUUUUUAAGUCAAAUAUGUAUUCCUUGUUACUACAUGCUCGCCAGAAUUUUACCACACACUAUGCCAAUGUAUGAAAUGGCACAGAAGAAUUUGAAAUAUUGGUCAGAAAAAGCUUCGAAGUCAAGGAAAGAAGAGCUGUUAUUUUUAGAGACUAUACCUGAAGAUUCUACUAGCGAUGAAAUUUCAAGUGAGAACCUAAAAACAAUAGGAUCUGAAUCUGACCAGAGUGCAAAAAUAUUAGAAGUGGAAACUGACACUAACAAAAGAGACGAUAAACUUAAAUGUGAUCCACAAAAGAAACAUUUGUGCAAAAAGUCUUUGAGUAUAGAAAAAAUGUCAUGGGAAGAAGAGGAUAGACCUAUUCCAGAAGCUUUAACUGACAGCAAAAUAACUACUGCAGUUUUUUGGAGAGAGAGGGAGAGCAGUACAUCAUGGAUUGAAGAGGUUAUAGUUCAUAACGAACAUUAG